AGCCAGCCACUGUUCUGAGAUUCAUUCAGAAAGUAAGUGAGAAAAGCUGAGUAAAACGUAGGGAAAAACCUUUUUACCUCCACUCAGACAGACAAGACUUUGAGUCUGUUUGACUCGGUACUACAGUUGUCUUUCGUCUUUCUCCCCCAUUUGGAAUUUUCAAAUUCCUCUCUCUUCUCUUCUAGGGUUCGUAAGGAAAUUUGCAGAGGAUUGAAAGGUGUUUGUGAAAUUGUCUGAAUGAAAUGAUGCAAACUCCUCCUCUUGGGUUCAAUAUAAAUGAACUAGUUCAAGAAGCUAAAAGGCGUUGGUUGAAGCCAGUAGAAGUGCUUUUUAUUUUGCAAAAUCAUGAGAAUCGUCAACUCACUGAGUCUGCACCUCAAAAACCACCUAGUGGAUCUUUGUUUCUGUUUAACAAAAGGGUGCUUCGUUUCUUUAGAAGAGAUGGGUAUGAUUGGCGGAAAAAGAAGGAUGGGAGAACUGUUGGGGAAGCACAUGAACGGUUGAAGGUUGGGAAUACUGAGGCUUUGAAUUGUUAUUAUGCCCAUGGCGAGCAGAAUCCAUGUUUUCAGAGGCGAAGCUAUUGGAUGCUAGACCCGGCAUAUGAGCAUAUUGUUCUGGUCCACUACAGAGAAGUCAGUGAGGGGAGGUAUAGUGCUGCAUCGUCAUCACACUUGUCACCAGGAUCAUCUACAAUAAUUCAGGAACGUACCUUAUAUACCUCAAUUCCAGGCUCCGGUUCAGCAGUAACUGAAUCACAUGAACCAUAUCAGAGUUCAUUUAGUCCUUUGUCGAUGGAAGUGAGUUCAGUAUUAGCUGUCCAGAAUAAUGGUGUUGAUCAUCUGGAUGGGGAUGAUGAAUUCACGGAGGUUAGUAGGUCAAGUAACGCGGAGGUUGGUCAAGCAUUGCGAAGGCUUGAGGAACAGUUAAGCUUGAAUGACAAUGAUAUUGAAGAGAUUCCUCCUUACCACAGGCAGAAUGGGCAAUCAGAAGAUCUAGGGGGUUCAUAUAGUGAAACAAGACCCUACCAUGAUAACCUAGAAGACUCAGAAAUCGUAAACAAUCAUCAAUAUUAUGGUGAAGGGUCAGGGAUGUUAGAUGAUUCAGAAGACAGCCUAUUCAUACAAGCUUCAGAUGAGAAUGGGAAGCAACUUCACAAGAAAAAUCUCCCAGGAAACAGAAUUGAGAGAAAGGAUUCUCCUUUCUGGAAAGAGAUGUUGGAGUUGUGCUCGGGGUCAGCUUUGAUUGAAUCCAGAGACAGGAGCCUUAGUUCUUUGGAUGGAAGUGAGAAACUAGUUUCAACUGAGAUGGAAAACAUAUCAUCAUUCCCGGCUCCAACCUCUCAGUGGAUAGAUCUUACUGGAGAUGAUACUGAAAAUGGGAUCAAUUGUUUGCCAAGUUCAGAGGACAGUAUCCAGAUUUCAGCAGCUAGACAGUUUUUGUUAGGCUCUGAUGACCCUGUAUCACCAGCUUCAGUGUCAGUGGCCCAAGAAGUUGAGAACUCUGAAGUUUCCACAGGUCUUACUGGGCUAAAUAUUUAUAAACCCAAUCCUGAUAGUUACAAUAUGUGGAAUGAUCAAGGCAGUCAGCCCAGAAAUAUAUAUAGUGCAGAAUCAAGUCGUAAUACUGCACAACAGAAAAAAUUCAUCAUUCGAGAAAUAUCUCCAGGAUGGGGAUAUGCCACUGAGGAUACAAAGGUCUUCAUUAUUGGAUUGUUUCUUUCUGAUCCCUCCGAAUCUGCAUGGCAUUGUAUGUUUGGUGACAUAGAAACACCUGCGCGAAUCAUUCAGGAAGGGGUUUUAUGUUGCCAUGCCCCUCCUAAUAUAUCUGGAAAGGUUCCCCUGUACGUUACUUCUGGCAAUCGGGAGUGCUGCAGUGAAAUAAGAGAGUUUGAAUACAUUGUUAGGCCAAGAGAUUCUACAAGGAGUACCGAAGAACUGCUACUGCUCGUCAGAUUUGCGCAGAUGCUUCUGUUUGACCCAGUGGCCGUGAAAGAAGAUACUGUCGCUUGGGGAAUUGAUGCAGCAAAAAAAACAAAAGUAGAUGAAGAUCAUUGGGAAUAUAUGAUAGAGGCACUUCUACUUGACAGUGAGACUUCAUCGGGAACCGUUGAUUGGCUUCUUCAGAAGAUUUUGAAAGAUAAGUUGGAGAAAUGGCUUGCGUCGAAGCAUCAAGAAGGUGACACACCAAAUUGUUCCUUGUCAAAGAGAGAACAGGGUGUAAUCCAUAUGGCAGGGGCAUUAGGUUUUGGAUGGGCCCUCAGCCCGAUUCUUCAAUCUGGGAUCAACAUUAACUUUCGUGAUGUUAAUGGAUGGACAGCCCUUCAUUGGGCCGCACGUUUUGGAAGAGAGAAAAUGAUUGCUGCCCUUAUAGCUGCUGGCGCGUCAGCUGAGGCAGUGACAGAUCCUACCUCGCAUGAUCUGGUGGGUAAAACUGCAGGUUCAAUUGCUGCUGCUAGCGGCCACAAAGGACUUGCAGGAUAUCUCUCUGAGGUUGCCCUGACAAGCCACCUUUCAUCUCUCACGAUUGAAGAAAGUGAGCUUUCUAAAGGAUCUGCCGUGGCUGAGGCAGAGAGAACUGUUGAGAGCAUCUCAGGUGGGAGACUCGGUGAAACUGAGGAUCAGGUCUAUCUUAAGGAUUACUUGUCCGCUGUUCGAAAUGCUACUCAGGCUGCUGCACGUAUACAGUCUGCUUUCCGUGCACAUUCUUUUAAGAGGAGACAACAAAAAGAGGUUGCUUCUGCUAGUGAUGAUGAGUAUGGUCUCACUCCAGAAUAUAUUGCUGGGCUUUCAGCUGCAUCAAAGAUUGCUUUCCGUGGGCGCGAUCACAAUUUUGAUAAAGCAGCUUUGUCUAUUCAAAAGAAGUAUCGUGGUUGGAAAGGGCGAAAAGACUUUUUAGCCUUGCGUCAGAAAGUUGUGAGAAUACAGGCUCAUGUGCGUGGUCAUCAAGUCAGGAAGAAGUUUAAGAUGUUUGUGUGGGCUGUUGGUUUCGUGGAUAAGGUUGUAUUGCGAUGGCGUCGUAAAGGAGCUGGUUUACAUAAGCCUGAAUCAGAAUCCAUCGACGAAACUGAUGAAGAAGACAUUCUAAAGGUGUUCCGAAAACAAAAAGUUGAUGUGGCCAUCGAGGAAGCUGUCUCACAGGUGAUGUCCAUGGUUGAAUCUUCCAAGGCACGCCAACAAUACCGACGCAUGCUAGAAGGCUACAGGCAAGCUAAGGCCGAGUUCGAUGAAAGGGCAAGUGAAAUGGCUUCAACUUCCCUUGGCGACGACGACAUGGAUAAAGACAUCAGCGACUUUUAUCAGUUCCACUAGCGGUGCCUGGUGAGCUUAAAAUAAUGCCCCCUUUGGUUUUCCUACCACCCCGCCAGAAACCAAAAAUAUACUGAAAGAUUUAACUGUUGUUUGUGAUGAUAUGUAAUUAGGUUAACCUAUUGUGUAUAUGAAGUUAUGGAGAAAUGAGAUCAAGACAUGAUCAAAAGGGUGUUCCAUAACAACACCCAUGUUUGUAUCACUGAAUGUUCAGUAAGAGAUUUGUAUGCUGAUUGUAAUAGAGAUAUAGUCUGUACUUGUAAGCUUAUCUAAUCUAGAAUAUAGUACAAAUUAUGAUA